AAGCACUUUCAAAGUUUACGAAACGGUGUAUAUUUUACAUAUAUUUUUACAUGAAUCGCCUUGACGUUUAGAUAUUUGUGUUGUGCCAUGUGUCUACUACAGAGUCUAUAUUUAGUUGUUGUCAUGUGUCGCUCUGGUCAGCUGGGAUCCAGCAGCAGGGCACGCCUCUGGGCUGAAUGGGAGUGCGCCGUGCGUAAAGUCCCAACUGCAGCGGAUCCAAACUUUUUUUUUUAAGAAAAAAAAACCUCACUUCGCGGCACUUAACGAGUAACCAGUCUGUAACCAUUACUGAGUCGUUUUUUAAAGUCGAUUAAAUGCAGCGAUGACCCGAGAAGAAGACCUCAUCCGGAUUGCAAAGAAACUGGACAAGAUGGUGUCUAGAAAUAACACGGAGGGAGCCAUGGACCUGCUGAGAGAACUGAAAGGUUUCAAUAUGACACUCAAACUUCUCCAGGAAACGAGGAUUGGCAUGUCUGUUAACGGUAUCAGGAAGCACUGCACAGAUGAGGAAGUCAUUGCUUUGGCAAAGGUCCUCAUUAAAGACUGGAAAAGACUUCUGGACUCUAGGCAUUCUCACUCUGAGAAACCGGCUGAAAUGAAGAAUGGGCUGGACUCCGGCAAAACAGCAUCAGCGUCUCCGAACCGCUCUCCCUCCGAGACACGCAGCAGUCACAGGAGACUGGAUGUCAAACCGAAACAUGACUCAGAUCCUGACAAAACACAGUCUGAUAACAGCAGAAAAGAGAAACAUAACGACGAGGACAAAAACAAAAAGAGACCCACGGAUGACCUUGGGGAUGAAAAGCGCCCGGAGGAGCCCCAAAGUGAGCAACAUCCGCAAGAAAUCAGAAAAGAAAAGCAUUUGGAAGAACCCAAAAAACAAAGAGCCUUGGAGGAUCCCCAAUUGGAGAUAGAUAACAAGAAACAGAAGCAUGUACAAGACCUGCAGAGUGAAAGACACAAGCCAGAGCUGAGGAAAGAAAGGCCCUUAGAGGAACUGAAAAAGAUGAGACAUGUGGAAGAACUCAAAAAGGAAAAACAUCCCGAGGAGCCCAAGAAGCACAGCUACGGAGAUGAGGCCAAGAAGGACAAGCACAAAGAAGAAAGCAGACAUGAGAGGCCGGUAAACGCACCGCAACGAGAGAGGCCGCAGAGUGAACCCCAGAAAGAGAGACCGGCUGAUGUUCACAAGCCAAUAUUUGAAAGGAGAGGAGUCUUGGACAGCAGCAUUCUGUAUCCCACCCGGUUCCCCUCUCCUCCUCGACCCGCUCGGCCCCCUCUCCCGAUCAAACGCCCCUCUCUGGACGUGAAGAAAGACAGGGUACCUGCUGUGCAUGGUGCAUGCUGUGAUGGCUCAGUAAGGAAGGAUUGUAGAGACUCUUCCUCCCAACAUCCUCGUACCCACGCAGCCCGACCAGCCUCUCCUCCGGCUAAGCAGCACCGGCCGUCACUGGAAGUAAAGAAGGAGAGCAUGAGGAAAGUUCCGCCAGACCCAAAUGCUCCAAUAGCUCCUCUCCCUCUUCACCUUCAUCCUCCUCCGCCAAGAAAAGAGCCUCCUGACCCCAACGCCCCCCUCCCGCCGCUCCCUCUCCACCUCCACCCCCCGCCGCCUCCUCCAAAGCGUCUCUCGCAGGACGGGAAAAAGGAGAAAGAGAGCAGGAAGGAGUCACUGGACUCGAAACCGUCUUCACAGAAGAAGACGUCAGAUCAUGUGAAGAAAGACAGGAAAGACUCGUCAGAUAGCAAAGUGUCUAACAAACACUCCGAUGAAGCCAAGAGAGAAAGGAAAGAUUCCUCUGACUCUAAACCGCCACCUCCCAAAAAGCCCAGUUUGGAUGUCAAAAAAGAAAAACACAGGAAGGACUCCUGCGACUCAAAGCCUGGUCAGCCUGUUAAACGUCAUUCAACUGACUCCAAAGUUGACAGACGGGAAUCCACUGAUUCAAAGAAAAGCAGCUUGCUACCAGCAAAGAAGCUAACAGGUGAAAGGAGAGACUCUCAGGGCUCUAAGACCUUGCAGCCUGGACCUCCACAGAGGAAGCCCUCGACUGAUAGCAUUGAAAGAAAGGGAAAGAUUGACACCCCCAAAACUCCCACCACCCCAACCAGCCCCAUGUCGCCUGGCUUCAGUUCUGCCGGCGGGCCACUGUCCCCUCACCUGGCUACUGGAGACUCCAUCAGGGACAAGUGCAUUGAGAUGCUGGCAGCUGCCCUGCGCACAGACAACGACUACAGAGAUUUCGGAGCUAACUGCGACAGCAUGGCGGCAGAGAUUGAAGAUCAUAUCUACCAGGAGAUAAAGGCCACUGACAUGAAAUAUAAGAACAGAGUCCGCAGCCGCAUCAGCAACUUGAAGGAUCCCAAGAACCCUGGGCUUCGCAGAAAUGUACUGGCGGGGAGCAUUGAGUUGAGCCGCAUUGCCACCAUGUCUGCUGAGGAAAUGGCCAGCGAUGAGCUGAAACAGCUGAGGAACGUUCUCACCCAGGAGGCCAUCAGGGAGCACCAGAUGGCCAAGACUGGUGGCACCACCACUGACCUGCUGCAGUGCGGCAAGUGCAAGAAGAAGAACUGCACCUACAACCAGGUGCAGACACGCAGUGCUGAUGAGCCGAUGACCACAUUUGUCCUGUGUAAUGAAUGUGGUAACCGCUGGAAGUUCUGCUGAUGAAUUCCAGGUGAAACCACGUUGUUUUUUCUUGUUGUUUUUCUGAGCAUAAUGAACAGCAUCUUUUCUAUGAUGGGUGGGAGGGAAGUUUAUAAAUUAUUGCAGCUAAUGAUUUUAAAAACAGUAGUAUUCUUACAAUUUUUACUUGAAAUUUUUGAGAUUGAUAAGCAUGUGCUAAUAAUCAGGUUUUGCUUUAUGUGGAUUUGAAGACUGAGCAUGAAUGUCAGUUUGAUGACUGAGUCAUUAAAUCAACCCAGCUGGAAGACGUUAAUGACGAUCAUGUUGUUACAAUGGAAAGACGACCAUAAUACAGUUAAUAUGCUAUGUCAUAUCACAGCUGUUCACUUUGUAUAUAUCGAGUUCCAAUAAACUGCAUAAAUCAUUA